AUGGCUGUGUCCAACCUCACAUACAGAUCACAGUUCCAGCUCCUUGGCUUAAUGGAUGGCACAGAUGCCCACCCGCUGCUGUUUCUGCUUUUCCUUAGCAUCUACCUGCUUAACGCCCUCGGCAACCUGAGCAUGGUGGUGCUGGUGAGGUGUGAUGGGGCGUUGUGCUCCCCCAUGUAUUACUUCCUGGGUCACCUGAGCCUUGUGGAUGUCUGCUUUACCACAGUCACUGUCCCAAGACUGCUGGCCACUCUGAUACAUCCUGUCCAGGUCGUGUCCUUCCAGGCUUGCUUUGCCCAGAUGUAUUUCUUUGUAGGGAGCUACCUCCUGGCAGCCAUGUCCUACGACCGUGCUGUGGCUGUGUGCCGGCCACUGCACUAUGGUACAGUCAUGACACCCUGGCGCUGCCUUGCCCUGGUGGCUGCAUCUUGGGCUGUGGCUCAUCUGCACUCGCUGCUGCACACACUGCUCAUCUCUGCACUCUCCUACCCACCCUCUGCCCCAGUGCACCACUUUUUUUGUGACAUGACAGUGAUGCUGAGCUUGGCGACCUCAGACACAUCAGUGGCAGAGACUGCUAUCUUCUCAGAGGGCCUGGCAGUGGUGCUGACCCCGCUGCUCCUUGUGUCCCUUUCCUAUGCUCGCAUCCUUGUGGCAGUUCUUGGAGUGAGGACCACGGGAGGUCGGCGCCGCGCCUUCUCCACCUGUGGGGCGCACCUGGUGGUGGUAUCGCUUUUCUUUGGCUCUGUCCUCUCUGUCUACUUCAGGCCCUCAUCCUCCUACUCAGCUCGUUAUGACCGCCUGGCCAGUGUGGUCUAUGCAGUGGUCACACCGACCUUGAAUCCUUUUAUUUACAGUCUUCGUAACAAAGAGGUUAAGGGCGCCCUAAAAAGAGGGCUCAGACGGAGAGCUGCACCCCAAAAUGAGUAA